UGCCCAGUUCAAGGAAUUUCUCAAAGUUGAGCACGCCUUGUUUCAUCGAGUGAAAGCUACCUCCUGGGGUUCCAACUAAGAUCACUUUCUGUGUGAGUCGACAUCUGAGGAGUGGAUACAGAACAAACCACUAAACCUCAGCUUCAUCUACAGAAUCGUUUCACUUCAAAAUGAAUAUAACUCAGAGCACUGCAUCUCAAUAUGAUUUAAAUGAAUUGCACAUCUCCUCUACCUGAUUUUAACAAUGGCAGUAGAUACAGAACACCAGCAGAUAUAGAAAUUUUCUACUUCCUGGGUUGGAUCACUGAGUCGGACAGGUAUGAUGGCCAGCGACCUCCAGAUGAACUCUGAACAAUUGAGGUCGAAGCCUCCCACCAGAUGCAGGAGCCCCUUCAACAGCAUCAAGUUCUUCGUGCUAUGCCAUGGUAUGCUCCAGCUGGCCCAACUGUUGGUGUCUGGGUAUCUGAAGAGCUCCAUCUCCACUAUAGAGAGACGCUACGGCUUCUCCAGCCAGAAGUCUGGCAUCCUGGCCUCAUUCAAUGAGGUGGGGAACACGGUCCUGAUAGUGUUUGUGAGUUUCUUUGGUAGCCGUGUUCACCGGCCACGGUUCAUCGGUGGAGGGGCACUGGUGGCCAGUCUGGCUGCUUUGAUGAUGGCCCUGCCUCAUUUCAUCAGUGGCCCCUAUGAGUACACAGUCCACAUCAGCCAAUCCAAGGAUGACAACUCUGGUCUCUGCCAAUUAGAGAGCUCCUUCCAAACACCCUUGUCCAAUCACAGCUGCACACAGCAGGAGAGUCAUGCUCAGCAGGGCGUAUUCCCGCUCCUGCUCCUGGGACAGCUACUCCUGGGAAUCGGCGGCGUUCCCAUCCAACCCUUCGGGAUCUCCUACAUUGAUGACUAUGCCAGCAAGAGAAACUCUCCCUUCUACCUCGGUAUUCUCCUGGCUGUCACGUCUAUCGGUCCUGCAUUUGGUUUCAUGAUGGGUUCCUUCAUGCUGAAAUUUUAUGUCGACAUCGACAAGAUGUCCAAAGAUGAGAUAGGUCUGGAGAGAGGGGACCCUCGCUGGGUGGGAGCCUGGUGGUUGGGCUUUGUCGUGGCAGCCUCCUUCCUCUUUCUCACCUCACUGCCCUACCUCUUCUUCCCCCAACAGAUGCCAAAAGAGGAAGCUACAGGCAAUGCCAAAGAACCCAGAGCCGAGGAGGAAAAGAAACCGCUGCCAGACCUCGUCCAGGAGCUCACCCUCAAACAGUUCCUCAAAAGUUUCCCCCGUAUCGCCCUGCGGACCCUGCGAAACCCCGUCUACCUGUUGGUGGUGCUGGCACAGGUCCACCUGGCAGCUAUGAUAGCCGGCCUUGCCACCUUCAUGGCCAAGUUCAUAGAGCGCCAGUUCACCCAGACCGCCUCCUUCUCCAACAUGAUGAUCGGUGGGGUGAACAUCCCUCUGGCGGUGCUGGGCAUUGUGCUGGGCGGGGCUCUGAUGAGGAGGCUGAAAAUCUCUACUAGAGGCUCCGCCCUCAUGUGCACAUCAGCCAUCUUGAUGUGUGUACUCACUGCACUGCCUCUCCUCCUCCUCGGCUGCUCCACACAGAGGGUCACUGGCGUCUACCCCACCAAACAGAACAGGUCUUUGGAGUGUAGCUCUGGGUGCUCCUGUCCAACUGAGGCCUUUAACCCCGUGUGUGGCUCAGAUGGGGUGGAGUUCAGAUCGCCCUGUCAUGCAGGCUGCUUGACCAAAGUACUGGAUGACAACACCAGCAAAAUCCUGAAAUACACCGACUGUGGCUGCAUAGGGGUCAGCGGAUCCUAUGGUUAUGCAUUGCCAGGGACAUGCGGUAGUGACUGUAAACACCUCCUCCUGCCCUUCAUGGUUCUCUCUGCUCUCACCUGCUUCAUUGCAUCAUUCUCACAGACCCCAUCCUACAUGAUGAUACUGAGGACAGUGAGACCAGAGGAUAAGUCUUUUGCUGUGGGGGUUCAGUACAUGCUCUUCAGAGUGCUGGCGUUCCUGCCAGCCCCAGUUCUGUAUGGCACUGCCAUAGACACCACCUGUAUCAUCUGGGGGAAGAAGUGUGGGAGGAACACGUCCUGUCACUACUACAACAUGGACCUCUUCAGACAGAGGUUCCUGGGUCUGCAGGCAUUCUUUGUCACCGGAGCAUUUGUCUGCUUCCUGCUCUCCCUCCUGGUCCUGAGACAUAGGGCAGGAAAACAAGGCCAGCAGGCAGGACAGGGAUACACUAUGAUUGACAGAGAGCAGAGUCCAGACAAGAAAACCAAAGAAUUGCAGAAUAUGGCAGCAUGAGAGAGGCCUGAUAGAGAAGGAGAAAAUAAAAAAGAAAGAACUAAAUUGCGAACUGCGUAGAAAGUCUAUUUUUAUCCCCCAGAGGGUCACGAUGAAGACUACAGAAAUGAGAGCUGCUUCGAAAGUGUUGGGGAAGCUACUCUGAAAAUAUAGGUUACCAAGCUAGCAAUUACUUCACACUGUAAGAAGUUAAGCUACACUAAAGCUACCCUCUAACAAAAAUAUGUAGUUUUAUUAAACUAAAGUGACUUUGAAAAAGGAGUUCACUACAUCCAAACUACUUAGUGAAAAUGUAUAAAAAUAAAAAUGACAUCUGAAAUGUCAUAGACUACCAGUUGCAAUAACACGUCACUUUGGGGCAUCAACAGAAUGUGUAAUUUGCCUAUUAAACACAUAGAGGCGAGUGAGAAUUAAGUCAUGUGUGGCUCAAUUGGCAGAGCAUGGUGCUUGCAAUGUCAGGGUUGGGGGUCUGAUUCCCAUGGUGGACCAGUACAAAAAUGAAUCCAUUUUGAAUAAGCGCGUUUGCUAAAUGAAAAAAAAUAAUUUGGCAGGUCAAUAAUAAGUCAAUAAUUUCGUUUUUUUCUGCAUCACCCAUUUUAUUUUUGCAAAAAAGUAGGGUGUAGUUCCAGUAGUUAACUACACCCCUACAUGGCAAAAAAUAAUUAGCUGUGCAACUCUAGAUUUCUUACAUACUCAUAUUAUUAUUAUGUGAUUUCUUAGGCCGCUCGAGCUUAAACGAUUUAACACGAAACCAACUUCCAAAUGCCCAGACUUGGGUUUGGGUUGCUUGAGACUAAUAUUUUUGAUAACAUUUAUACCUUUUGAACCAUAUCAAUAUUUAAAUGAGCUCCCAAUGCAUUUCAAUGGGGAAAAAAAGGGUCAUAGACUUCAAUUGUAAAAAAAAAAUAUAUUAAAACAUUUGAGAUUCUAGACCAAUCUCUAUUAAGCUAUUAACUCCAAACCAACAAUGAAGUGUUCAGACUGACCCAACUUAGAUUUUCUGUCAAAGGAUUUUCUUAAACUAGGUAUACUUUAACUAUAAAUGUGCAAAAAUGAACAUGAGUUUAAAUGAGAACCAUAGGAAUACAGGGGUAGCUUAUCAAAAUAAACCAGUUCCUUGGCCAGUUAAGCUAAGCUACAAGACCAACUUUAAAACAUUCUGGCUAUACCUACUUCAAUUUCUUUAAAAUCAUUAACUAUAACUACAUGAAUGUGUCCCACAUUUGCAUAGAUUUACUGCUAGUGAGUUACUCUUAGACCAGUCAAACUAGAGACACCAAACCAACUUUCACAUGUUCAGACUAUCAUAACUUCCAAUUCUUAAAACGCGUAUUAACUAGAACUAUUCAAAUUUGCAUAAAAUACCUCACCAACAGUAACUCUUGAACCAUUCAAGCUAGAAACACCAAACCAACUGUCACAUGUUCAGGCUAUCCUAUACCUUUCUAGUUACCUACUAAAAAUACUGCCAUAUUUUAAUUUAGUUCAAGUAACACCAAGCUACUGCAAAAUGUAUUUCAAUUACUGCUUGAACUACAUAGUUCCCUUCUCCCAAAACUGUGCAUAGAGAAAGUACACCAUUACUGCGACCAAACUGACUGUAAUAAUGUGUACAGGAAGUGCUGUAUCUGAGCCAUGGCACGUUUACUAUAGCAUGUCAUUCUCUGGGACCAGUCUGGGUGGUUCCCUAUCCACUGAAACAGGGUCAGAUCUUUUUCUAUACCUCUUAUAGUUAAGGUUAGGACUUGGGGAGGAUAAGCUGCUAUAAGCUAAUCCUAGACCUCUAGAGGGUAAUCUCUACCUAUAGUGAGUAUUACAGGAGACACCUGAUCUAUGAACUGAAGAUCAGCGUUAUCAGACCAAAGAGAGCAUUAGAUAACCAAACUUACCAAACUAAUAGUCUUCAGAUGUUGGUUGUUUUUAUACCAUUUUUAUAUACCAUAUAUUUUUCUACUGAUUUUUUACAAACUUUUUGUCCUUUUGUAAACAACGUAUACUUGAACGUAUACUUAAAAAAAAAAUGCAUUAUAGAUUGAGGAGGCUCCUUACAUAUAUACAACUCCAAUAAUAUAUCAUGCUUAUAAUCUUAUCCUGUAAAGAAAAAAAUGUAAAUAUUUUCACCUCAUCAUAUAAAGUGGAAUUUUUAUUUGAUGGACAAUUCCCCACAAGGCAUCUGUUUCUCCAUUGCUCUUGUCAUGUAUUGAGUUAUGGUAGGCAAGCAUUGUGAGUUCAAAGGCCCUUUCCAAACAGGGAAGAAAUCAUGCAUUUAAUGAACUAAUGUGAACCCAUGUGACAUGGAAGAGGGGCAUUGCUCUCCAAGGGGAGCGAGAGGAGGGAGGUGGAGAUGGGGCGGGGAUGUUGUGAAACCUGAGCCAAGCAUUUAUAACUGCCAUCCUGAGUGAUGAUACACAAGGUUAAUAAACUCUAUCAACAGA